AUGGGACAUCUUGCCAGUGACCAAAAUACUCCACCAGCUGGGGCUCUUCCUAGUGAUACCGAGCCUAAUCCUAAAGCUCAAGUCAAUGCGGUUACCUUGAGAAAUGGAAGAGUGUUAGAAGAAGUUCCAAAGAAAAAGAAGUAUACGGCUAGUCCUGAAGGAGAAUUAGUUCCCAAGCCAGUUGAGGAGAAUGAGAAAGAGAAUAAAGGAUUAGAGCCAGUAAUUGUGACAAGGUCACCACCUCCAUUUCCACAAAGACUGCAGAAGCAAAAAGAUGAUGCUAAGUACAAGAAAUUCUUAGAUAUUUUAAGCCAAGUGCGUGUGAAUUUGCCUUUGGUGGAAGUUUUGCAGGAAGUGCCUAAGUAUGCAAGGUAUCUCAGAGAUAUUGUGGCAAACAAGCGAAGACAUACAGAGUUUGAAAUAGUUGCACUCACUGAAGAGUGCAGUGCUAGAGUUCAGAGGGCUAGUAUAAAUUUGAUGCUACCCUCUUUGUUCAAGCAACUCGGAUUGGGGGUUCUUAGACCUACUAGAAUUACUUUACAGUUAGCAGAUAUGUCUUUGGUUAUGCCAGAAGGAAUUAUUGAGGAUGUGUUAGUUCGAGUGGGAAAGUCUAUUCUUCCUGCUGAUUUUAUUGUUCUUUAUUACGAGGCAGAUGAGGAAGUGCCCAUUAUUUUGGGGCGACCAUUCUUAGCUACUGGUGGAGCGAUUAUUGAUGUGAGGUAA